UGGGCUGGAAAAAAAAGAAAAGGAUGAUCCACUGUCUUCCCACUCAAUUUUUCAUUCCAUUGUAAUUAGUGAGAGAUCUAUCUAUGAAGAAGAGAGCAAAAUCCAAAAAUGAUGUAAAACAAUCCUAUCUCUCCUCCUCAACAACCACAACCAUGAGAGAGAGAGAAGCAGAUCCACCCAAGAAGCAAGUGAGAAGAAGGCUUCAGACAAGAAAACCUUAUCAGGAAAACCUCCUCAACAUGGCCGAAGCCCGCCGCGAAAUCGUCGCCGCCCUCAAACUCCACCGCGCCUCCAUGAAACAGCAACAGGUUCAACCAAGGCAGAAUCCGCCUUAUCAUGUGUCUUCUUCCUAUCCGGCUCCCCCUCAGCCUCUACGGGAUUUUGAAAGUCUUGAUUUUGCUCUGCCGACGCAGGCGCUGGGGCUGAAUCUGAACCUGCAUGACCUCAUCACCGCGCCUUGUUCGGUUUACUCAUCUCCGUUCACGUCUUCCUCGCCUCCUCCUCCCCAACUGCUGGAGAAGCCGGAUGGCUUUCAGUUCUUGGAAAUUGGAAGAGAGGAAGAGAGGGAAGAGGAAAUUGUGAGCUCGCCGUUUGAUGAAGUCAUGGAAUUUCCGGCAUGGCUGAUUGCGAAUGAGAGCUGUUUGGAGCUGCAGCAUCUUCAUCCCCCAGAUUUCCUUCAGGGCUCUGUUUUGCCAUGCAUGGAGAUUGAGGAAAUUGAAGGAAUGGAUGGAGAUUGGUUGGCUUGAGAAUGUUUUGAUUGUGUUUCUUUUUUUCGCAUGAUCAAAUAUAUAUGCGUGCUCAAUAUUAAUGUGGGCGCUAGGAAUUUUUUGAAUUUAAGUUUAUAAACUAAGUCUCUCUAUUAUAAUUAUAA